ACUACCGGCCAAUCACAAAACGACCCUUGCAAAUAUGAUAAAAACGUAGGCUAUAAUGUUGUGUGAUUACGGACGUCUAAAAACUCCUUUUUAUGACAGAUUACUCAGACUUCCGUCAGAAAAUUAUUUUGUCUACAAUGACCUAGGCUAAUAAUGUAAAAUCCAAGAUGUUGCCAACAUCAGCUAUGUUAUUUUAAACAUCCAGCUCAGUAUUUGGGAGAAUGAAUUCGAUUUUGACUUAAAUUUUAUUUUUUUUUGGGAGGGUGGUGCGACAUUGCCUUUGCGUGCCAGAAAGCCCACACAGGUGUAGCGUGACUCUCGGUGUUAUUGUCAAGAGCCGCUGCGUUGAAGACUGCCUGCCAUUCGUCCAUUAGAGGUCGCGUUGCCAGGUACUGCACAGCGGCGCGAGUACUAGAACAUCCUUUCGGACGGCGAUACCUGUACAGACGAGCCACAAACACAAAGCCGUCCCUCCUCCGUAACAGAGAAUGUAAUUGAAUAUCUUUCCGUUUGACCGGAAGGCUGGAGCGACUCUCUAAGCAGAGUGAUUUACGCCUCUCGGCCAUGUUAGAGGUCUCCGAACCUCCCCACACUGAGGGGCUGGGCACGGAGACGAACCUGGGAACUUCAACCACUGCCUGUAAAAAGGUGCAGUGCAGCGGCGGUCCGCUGGACUCCGCUGACUUCUGGUCGAGGAACGAGAAGGAGCUCUGCCGAAUCGGCUUCCUGGAGGAACGCGGCGCGGGCCGCCGUGCCGAGGUCUGUUUUGUGAACCUGGAGCAGCAUGAUCUCACUCAAAAGGAUGGUGACAGGUGGACCAAGGUGUUAGCGUCCAUCUCUCCAUCCUUGCCGGAACUCGUCUUCUCCGAGGAUAUGCAGCAUCUUCAGGAGAGUGAGGUCAUGCUCCUGAGCGACCUGCAGUCUCCCAAGACCUGUCCGUCUGGCUCCGCCUCCCACCAAGGCCAGAGAGCCGCCAGCGUCUGUCUGGUUCGCGGUGCGGGCAGCCGCCGGCCCGACGGCGUGGCCCGCGAGGUGAACCGGUUCCUGACCGGCCUGGCGUCGGCCCGAGAGCGGCAGAGCGGCGGCGGCGGCGGCGGCAGUGGCCUGCCGGGCCGACGGGCCGCGGAGGACGCCGAGCUCUCGCUGUCCUCUGUGGAAGAAGACUUCCUGUCCACUUCAGAACACCUGGGGGAGAGCGGUGAGGGGGACCCCCUCCAAACAGAUUGUGGCAGUGGAAGCAUCACAGAGACUCUGCAGAGCAGGGCGGGCCCAUCGGAGCCCAGCGACAGCCAGGCGCCCUCUGCCGUGACCCCUGACCUCCUCGUCCCCUCCCUGUCGCAAACAACUGUGACCGGCGAGGACCACGAGGCGGCCCCCUUCUCCCAGUCCCGCUCCUUCAAGCUCCCCAAAAUCAUCAUCAUGCAGAGCACGGACAGCGACGAGGGGAUGGAGGACCGGCCGGGGUCCCCGACCGCGCCGGGACAGGGCCUGGCGCCUCGCUCCUCGUGCCCCUGCCCCGAGCUCCCGCCCUUAGUGUGCGCUGCCGCCGCCGCCGCCGCCACCGCCGCCACCUCCGGCCGGCCCUGGCUCCGCGGCCCCGCCUCCCCGCUGCUGAGGCCCUUCGGCGAGCGGCAGGACUUCUCCCUGUUCCCCGCCCUGUGCGGGGUGGCGCAGGUGGCGGGCGCGGUGGCCCUGGCCGACCUGGCCGACGCGGACGCCGCCGCCGGCGCGGAGGCGUUCCGCGCCAACGUGGCCCGGACGCUCCUCGGGGAGGCCGCCGCCGUCCUGUGCCGGCGGGACGCCCGGGGGAGUGCGGCGGACCACCCGCGGUCCGACGGCGGCGACGGCAGCGCGAACGACGCCGUCCCAGGAACGGACGUCCCGCUCCGGGGCCGCCGGAGGGCCGACCGCUUCGCCCGCGCGGUCGCCGAUGGCAUCUGGGAGCGCGCAGCGAAGAGCGUCGCGGCGAAGGAGGGACCGGAAGGCCCCGGCGGAGACGUCUCCAGAGUGCAGGACGCUCUGCUGGAGAGCGUCAACGGCGUGCUGUUCGACGUCCUGCGCAUCACGGCGAAGAGAAUCGCCGACGUUUCGGCGCACAACGUGGACACGCUUCUCAGACAGGAGAGUGGAAUUCACCCCGGAGACCGAGGGCCUUCGAAAAGGUCAAGUGGGGAAACUUCGAUCCAGUUACUGCCGCUCCCUGCGUCAGGGCUGGCCGAUACCGGGGGACAGAACAGUGCGUCUCGCUGUCGCGAUGGGCCGUCUGCCUUCUCAGUGAUGAAGAAGGAGGAAUGUUCCCAGGAGGAGGAGGAGGAGGGAGAGGUGAAAGAUGAAGACGCUGAAAUGCCAAGCUCACGCUGCCAGCACAAAGGCAGCGAUCGCCUGGGAGCCGGUCAAGUUGAAGGGCCGUGCUCUCCUGUCAGCGGCCGCUCUAACCUGUCAGGGCAAGGGGGCGGGGGAAACACGGCUGAGGCCAAAAUCGAUUCGGCGAGCGAGAGAACGCCCCCCUGCUCGGACUCCGAGAGCUACCCCUCGGUCAGAGAGAGAACGGCGCCGAUCUCCGAGACUAAAUGCUCUCUGCUGCCCCCGCAGUUGGUCGUGAGAAGCGCGGCGCGCGGGGAGCUCGCGUCCCCCGUCUCCGGCUUCGCCGACGACCUGGCUGCCACAGUCGUCUCCAUGGCGACGGAGCUGGCGGCGAUCUACCUGGAGAACACCAGCGGGAAGCAGCCGUGGUUCUGCAGCAGCCUGAAGGGCCUGGCCUCCAAGGCUCCGCAGCGCCUCCUGCUGCCCUGCCGCGGCACUGCGGGAAGGAGAAAGGAGGCGCAGGGUGACGGCGGAGGCGGCGGUGGCGGCGUUUCGGCAGUCGCCAAGAAGCACCGCCCGCCACGUCUGAGCGAGAUCCGGCGCAAGGCGGAGGAGCAGCCGGAGCUCAUGGAGAGGCUGGUGAACCGGGUGGUGGACGAGACCGCGGUCCCAGACGAGCCCCCGGACGCCGCGUCAGCGUCCGCGGUCGCCGCCAAGGUCGCGACCUGUCCCGAGCUCAGCGUGGUGGACACGUCCGCCGACGACCAGCCCCGCGGCCGGCCGGGGCGCGGGCGUUCGGGGGCAGAGAGGGCGGCCGGUCAAGGAGGCGUCCCGGAGGAGGUCGACGACAACCCCUCCGCUGCCCUGGGCCCGGCCGACCGCCUGGGCCAGGACCUGAGCCGCAGCGGUUCCAUGUCGAAGCAGUCGAGCUGCGAGAGCAUCACGGACGAGUUCUCCCGCUUCAUGGUGCAGCAGAUGGAGAGCGAGGGGCGGGGCUUCGACCUGCUGCUGGACUACUACGCGGGGAAGAGCGCCAGCGGCAUCCUGAGCGCGGCCGUGCAGCAGGCGGCCGGCAAGAGGAGCAACGGCCGCCUCGCCGUGCGGCCCGCCUGCGUCUCCAAGCAGUCGAGCACGGAGAGCAUCACCGAGGAGUUCUACCGCUUCAUGCUCCGGGACCUGGACCUGGACCGGGAGGGCGGGGACCGCGGCGGCUCGUCCGGGGCCAAGGAGUGGAGCAACACCCUGCUGCCUCCGUCCCCCAGGACCCCCUUCUGCGUCCGCCAGUCGUCCGUGCCGGACCGCCGCUCGUCCGACUCCAGGCUGACCGUGAACGCGCCCGUCAAGGCCAACUCCUUCGACGACUUCGGCCGGAGCGGCCGCCGGGACGCCCCGGGCGUCCUCCCCGCGGGGUCGCCCGCGGAGACGACGGGCCUGUGCAGGUCGGACUCGUGCCUCUACCGGGGGCGGGGCCAGACGGACCGCGUCACGGACGCGCUGAUCCACGAGACCUGGCGCGGCUCGAUCGAGUCCCUGAUGCGCAAGAACAAGAUCAUCGGCGACGAGCCGGAGGACGCGGACGUGGCGGACGCGGCGGACGCGGCGGACGGGCCCGGGGGCCGGCGGCCGCACGUCGAGCUCUUCGCCAGCCGCCUGGUGGCGGACAUCAUGGAGAGCGGGAAGUCGUCGCUGGGCGGCCGGCGACCCGCCUCCGUGGGCGAGAGGAGGCGGUGCUUCAGGGCCAAGGCGGAGUUUGACUGGAGUGGGCGGGGCCAGGGAGGAGACUCCACCCCUCCACGGGGCUCCAGGGACGUGCCGCAGAUUCACAUACAGGACGACCAGAGGGGGCAGCUCGACGAGGACGGUCCCCGCUGCUCACCGGAGGAGACUCCACAUUCGCCGAUGAGCAGGGAAACCUGGGACCUGGGCGAUUCUGCUAAAGAUUGCCUGGAGAAUGGAGAAGCAGGGGGCAGUGGCAGUCAGAUGGAGUUGUUGGUGAUGAACUUUGACCUGGGCGGGGAGUGCGUAGACGGGAACCUUCGAGCGACACUGCAGUGGAUUGCUGCGACAGAGCUGGGCCUGCCAGCCAUCUGUUUUCAGAAAGCUCCAGGGAGAACGGACAAGUUCCAGGAGGUGGUGCAGCUCGUGACCCGGAGGGGCUGGACUGUGGGCCGCCUCUUCUGCGCUGUGGUGCACUUCUGUGAGGCGCAAGAGGCAAGGGCCGACUUUAUGGACUGGCUGUUGGAAAGACUCCGCCCCUGAUACAUUUACAUAUUACAUAAGACUCCGCCCCUGAUACAUUUACAUAUUACAUAAGACUCCGCCCCUGAUUCAUUUACAUAUUACAUUAGACUCCGCCCCUGAUACAUUUACAUAUUACACAAGACU